CACUUGGACACGUUGGGUUCUUGGGCCAUCCUUACCUCUUCCAUGUGGCCCUAUCUUCCUCUCUCCACGUUCAUUCUUUUCUUUUUAUUUAUUUAUUAAUAUUAAUUAUUUCUUAGAAAAUACUACUACUACUAGUAAUCGUCAACGAAUAAUUACAAUUUCAUUCCAGCCACGCCAGGACGCCCUGCCUCUGUACGAAAUUGCAAGUUCAAGCACAGUUUAUGGUUCUAUUUCCUUUUGAUUUUCCCCAUCAUUCCAUUCACCUUUCUUCUUCAAUUUUCAUUUCAAAGCUUCCAUUUUUAAUUUUAUGGAUAUAAAAAGAUUUUGGACAUAAUACUGCUGGAAUGAUAGUUCUUUGUUCUUGAUCUUGAUCCAGAGAGACCACCCUUUAAACCUCUGAUUUAUGGAUUUGGAGAGUGAAGGUCCUGCGCUUGAAUCUGUUGAAGAUAAUGAAUUAACUACCACCACCAUCAUUCCAACCACAACCCCUGACUGUCCCUUAAAUCAUGAAGAUGGUGAUGGUGGGGAUGAUAACAGUAAGAUAAAGGCUAAUGGAUCAUGUUCGAAUGGGAUAAUUCAUGACAUGGGUGCUAAUGGUAAUGGUGAUACGAAUACAUUGCCUCAUGAUGGAGAAGUUAAGGAAGGUGUGGGAAGUGAGCAAGUGGGGAAUUCAGGGAAGUCACCGCCUUCAACGGCCAUAUCUCCUGCUGGAGGGUCACCUCCGACUAAGGGAUUUGGCUUGAAGAAAUGGAGGCGAAUUAGGAGAGAUGUUGUUAAGGAUGCUAGUGCCGAUGCAGAUAACAGUAAAGUUUUGAAACGAGUAUUCUCUGGUGCUGUGAAUCCGGCUGAACCAACAAAUUUAAAGCCGGUUGAGGUCAUGCAAAACAGCGAUGGUUCUUUUGGAUCGGCUAAUCUAUUUAGAAAUGUGGCUCUUGGUGAUGCGUUUGUGACCCGUGGGUCUAGUUUGGAAUCUAGAUUUAUGGUUGCAUCUGCUUACGCAGCUGGUAUGGAUUCUGAGAAUAGUGAGGAUCGGAGUAGCAAGUCCUCAACAGCAGCUAGUGCUCCUAGGGUGAGGCAUGACCUACCUGCAGUGUCAGGGUAUGCAAGGGACAAGAACAGGGUGAAGAGUUUGAGUGGGAAGGGUGUGGGUAGUUCAGCUCAACAGGUUCAACAAGGGAAGGGAUGGGUAGAAAACGGUAAGAAGCCUAGAGGAGAAAGGGUCAAAAUCGAGAAGGAAAACUCUCAUUCCAGCAUGGAAUCUGAUUCAAGAAGCUCCAACUUUGUCUUUAUGCAGGGUGAUUGUUCUGUGACCAGUAACGGAAAGCAAAGUGGAAGGUCAAUGAUUUACGACGGAGAAAACAGUGAUGAAGCCCAUGCAGGUGAACAACAAUUCAGCGGGGAUGUACAUCCUGGUUAUGGGCAGGAGAAUGUUGGAGAAUUUGAAGAUGUUUCAGAAGAUGAAUUAGCUGCAGAAGCAUCUUGGACAGAUAAGGGAGAAAAAAGGGUUGAUCACAGACCCUCGGCAGAUCAGGAUCAAUGGGUUGAGUCUAUACUUUCUCUCCAAUCUGUGCAAAAAGCUCUUGAAAACGAGGUUCAAAAAUUGGGGGAGAUCGGGAACGUUAGCAGUGUAGUGGAAGAUUCCUCUUUAGCUGAUCCAGAAAUCCAUGAAUCGAGCUUAUCUGACAAGUUUGAUUCUGAAAGUUUCAAAGAAUCAAGUCCAUUGGAGUUCCAAGUAUUAAGCUUAACACAGAAUGUAAAAUACUUGGAAAGCAGCCUGGAGUUGACCAAGGCUAUGCUCAAGAUGAAGGAGACGGUGGUUGCUGAACUGGAAGCCUCCUUGAAUGGUGACAAGUCACCAAAAGAAGAAUCAGCGAGUACCACAGAAUUGCAACAAGAGAAAUCUAGAGAGAUUGAGAACGAGCUUGAGGGCCUUUUCAAGCAAAAGAUCGAGGCUGAGAUUAAGUGUCUGGCAUUAACAAGGAAUCUGCAGAAGUUGAGACUUGCUGCAGGUGAUCAAAUCACCCUAUUUGAGGAACAACAGGCUCUGGCUGGUGAGCAAGUGCAGAUGCUAAAUAAGCUAGGAGAAGCAGAAAUCAAGGCUGCGUCACUAAAGAAACAAGCGGAGCAGCUAGAAAAAUACUGUGGAGAUGUUUUAGGGACCGAAGAGGUGUUUAAGAUGCAGAGCAAAGUAUGCAAGGUUACUGCAUGUUUUUUCAUCCAGUUGAUUUUGCUUUUCUUGGUUUUUUGGCUAUUAGUGUUGCAGUUAUCACCCUCUUCUGGGGUGGUUGCACCCACUUAAAUAAAACGAACAGGUCUUUCUUCUCUGUCCAUUCUCAACAUCUGUAAGCAAAGAUUGGAUAUCAUAUUUUCACGUAGAAUGUUCUCUCUUUUUUGCGGUUGGAGUAGAUGAUGGGGUUGUAGUUGUAACAAAGUUUUUUGAUUUUCGUUGUCGCGCUUGUAAUUCAUUUCUUCUUAUAUUUCUGUUGAGUAAAGCUCUUAAGAUGAUAGGGUCUUUUUCAUCC